CUCUUUCUCUCCAGUCUCUCCACUCCCCUCUGCGCCACCGUCAAACUUCGCCGCCGGAUCCGAGCCCGCCCGCCGCCGCCCGCCUCGGCUCUCACCCGGACCUUCCAAUCUACUCCGGCAGUACGAUAUAAGUUUCAUUCCCUCGCGGGUAUCGCCCCGCGUAGCCAGCAGGACCCAGGCGAGUGCGGCACGGUAAGGCGGCGUGGCCUGCGCUCGCCGGGCUGCCGCGGUAGAGCGGCAAAGCAGGGCACGCGACCAGGCGGCACGGCAGGGGAUCACAGGCUUGCAGUUUUUGUAAACAUUCUAACUCUAAUAUGAAUCCACGAGUUGCGCCUUGGCAGCAUAGAAUGAUUCUGUAAUCAUGUAGUUGGCUCCAUGGCUCUUAAGGUUGCGUCUUGCAUACGGUUUUCAAGACUGCGCCUGUUGUCGAGCAGGCUAACAUACUGCUCUGUCUCGGAUGUGCCUGCUUCUCGUGCUUCCAGGGGUACAGCGGGGUCCGCUGAGUUCGAAUCUGCAAUCCGGUCGCUCAAGAACAACAAUCUCCGGCCAGAGAUACUGACCCGCAUUCUUGAUUCUACUUCAGAUUUGAACUUGGCCCUUCGGAUAUUUAAAUGGGCAUCAAGUCAGAGGAUAUUUGCUCAUACGGCUGACACAUACGCCUGCAUGAUCUCCAAGCUCGGUGUUGUUGGGAAUUGUGAUGAGAUGGACAGCCUCCUAAAGGAGAUGAUUAAAUUGAAUGCCCCUAUAUUGGACAAAAUCUUGAACGAUUUAGUUCAGUUCCUGAGCAGUAAGAACCGUUGCGAUGAAGCCUUGCUGGUGAUUCAGAAUGCUUGCUCUGGGAAGCUCAAGAUCUCAGUGUCAUCUUGCAAUGCUAUGCUGUGUGGUUUAGUCAAGGAAGGGAGGGGUUUGCGACCAUUCAUCCGUGCGUACAUGGAGAUUGUGAAGGCGGGGGUCCUUCCUGAUGUGGAUACCUUGAAUUGGUUAAUUGAGGCUUUGUGUGAAGCUGGCAAAUUAGACCUGGCGCUGAUUCAGCUUGACAGGAUGAGCAAGAAAAGGUGUACUCCUAAUAGCCGCACUUUCAAGAUACUCAUAACAGCACUCUGUUCGCACGGCAGAGCAGAUGAAUCAAUAGAAAUUUUUGAGGAGAUGAUGCAGCUGAGAUGCAUCCCCGAUAGCUGCUUUUAUGUUCAAGUGCUGCCCUUAUUUUGUAAGUUCAAUAAACCCAAGGAGGCAAGUAAGUUGUAUCAAAUGAUGAAACAAGCCAGCCUUCAGUUGGACCUACAUUCUUAUGGUGCCUUGAUUAAAUGUUUGUGUGAGAACCAACUAUUGGAUGAUGCCGUCAUGACAUUUACAGAAAUGAUAGCGUCAGGUCAUGCACCAAUGACAAAUACCUAUGUGAAUGUUGUAGAUUGCUAUUGUACAUUAUCCCAGUUCCACAAAGCUGUGAGUUUUCUUGAGGAAAAUGAUGUCGCAGAAACAGAGCCAUAUAAUGUACUGUUGAGAGUGUUAUGUGAAACAGGUACCUUGAGAGAUUUAGUGAGCUAUUUUGAGGAAUUUCGCACAAGGGGGAUGGUCGAUUGUCGCUCAUGGAACAUAGUUAUCACUCAGUUCUGCAAUGAAGGGAACAUUAGAAGAGCAUCUGAGCUUAUUGGUAGAAUGACAGUUUCUUCUUUUACAGCUGAUGAGAGUACUUAUUCUUCUGUUGUAUCUUGUUACUGUCAGUUAGGGUUGCACAGGACUGCCCUGGAUCUGUUCAGAAGAGCCAGUGUUAGUAAUCUGGUACUGAAUUCAGAAUCUUUCUCGCAGCUGGUAGAAGGUUUGUGCCACAUGGAGCGGAUCCAAGAAGCUGCUGAAGUUUUUAAAUAUCACUGCAAAAAAGGUUGCAGCCUUACCAGCAAGGCGCUUGAUAUACUAAUCCAAGGGAGUUGUAUGGCUGGAAUGAUAUGUGACGCAAUCAGAAUGCGUUCACUAGCUGUUUGCACUGGCACUUCUUGCACAUUUUCAACUUAUAACACAAUUAUCCAUGCACUACUGCGUUUAAAGAAGGAGAAGGAUCUGUUGCUUCUCCUUGCACAGAUGCUGAUGGAAGGUUGUCUAUUGGACAGCUUCACAUACAAUGUUCUUGUGCAUUGUUUCCUCACCAAGGAGACAAUUCUUGAGGCUGCUCUGUUGUUCAACAAAAUGGUGAAUGAUGGCUUUGUUCCUGACCAAGAGACAUUUGAACUAUUAGUCCCUGAUAUGGCCGUGUUUUCGUUACUAAGCAGGGUUUCAGAAAGUUUACUGAAAGUGGUAAGUAUAGAUGGAAUGGCAAGCCCUAGAAUUUAUAACAUUAUCAUUUAUGGUCUUAUCAAAGAAGGCUUCAAGAGUGAGGCAUGUAAGUUUUUGGAUCAAAUGCUAGACAAGGGAUGGGUACCUGAUUCAAAGACACAUCGUGUGUUAGUUGGGACAAUUGAUGGAGAGGAGGCUAGAGAAGUUGGCAAUUCCUUCCGAACAGCUGAUGAUGACACUGUAAGCAAUAUACUGUUGGAGGGUCUAGAAUAGAGUCUGGAACAAAACACUAUUUCUCCAUAUUGUGUGACUACAUAUUACAGGCCAGGGAGAGACUUUUCCAGUUUUCAGGCGGUUACGAAUAUGUGUUGAGAUUAAAUGUUGGAUGCUCAAGCAACUUCAGCUCUGACACGAAGGCUGUUGAAAUUAGGAAUAUCUGCAGCUGGCGAGAUGGUGAGUGACUAAUGUUCUUUAUAACAUCAUGCAAUUUUCACACAUUUGUUGAUGUUGUAGUCUAGUGCUCUAUAUAGUAUUUGGUUUAUACUUAUUACAUUUUGUGAACUUACUAAAUUUCCUUGCUUAAGAUACUGCGAAUAUACUGUUUUGCUCAA